CACUGCUUCUCUCCUUUUCUUUUCAGUCAAGCAAAAUUGUUCUAUGCUGCCGUAGAUGUGAACUCCUUGCUGCACUGCCUCUGUCUCUUCUUUUCCAGAAACUUAAGGGCCUGAAUUACCAGCUGCAGAGAUCUAAAAGCUCUCACUGAAUCUGGAUGGAAUAUGGACAAGGAGAUGAAUAGCAGAAGGGAAGAAAGAGUAAAGUUGGUUAUUUUUCUGGCACAUGGAUGCAAUUACACUCAGUGCAUUCCAGAGGCGUUCCUUUGAAUCCUGUGCAGGUCUGCCUGCUGUUCCUGGGAGAAAGGAAGAAAAAGGGAGGAAAAGUCUCUCUUGCUUGGAGACGGAAUGUCUGCACUUUCAAUUCUCUUUUUAGCUUCCUGUUCUGUUUGGCUGUCCGAGGCUCAGACUGAAUUUAAGAGAGUGGCUGAAGAAAACGUGACUUUGCCCUGUCACCAUCGCCUGGGCCUCCUGGAGCAAGGGAGCCUGGAUAUUGAGUGGCUGCUGCACAUUUCCGAAACAGUACAAAAAGCGGUGAUCACUUACUCUGGAGGCCGUGUUUAUGAUGACCUGAAUGAGGAACAGAAAGGACGUGUUUCCUUCACAUCCAACUUCCUUGCUGGAGAUGCAUCCUUACAGAUCAUAUCCCUGCAGUCCAGCGAUGCGGGGAAGUACAUAUGUAAGGUUAAAAAUGCUGGGCAGUACGAAUGGGCUCGCAUCACCCUGAAGGUUGUAGAAAAACCUUCCAAGCCCAAAUGCUGGCUAGAAGGGGAGCUGUUGGAAGGAAAGGAACUGUCCUUGCAGUGCCGUUCCGCCUCUGGCACUGCACCCAUCUCCUACCGAUGGCAGCGCAUAAAUGAGGAAGAUGAGAGAGCUGAACAUCUCCCGCCUACAUCAAGAGUCAACAUUUCUAAUCCUGGGCAAGUUCUCCUGAAGAAUCUUACACAGAUGAGCACAGGGUUAUACCAAUGCAUUGCCACCAACGAGGCUGGACAAGAAAGCUGUGUUGUUCAGGUGACAGUGCAGCAUGCACAAAAUAUCGGCAUGAUCACUGGAGCAGUUUGUGGUGUGGUGGUGGGACUUUCCCUGCUUUUCCUGGUGGUGAGGCUGACAAUAAGGAGGAAAGAAAAGAAGAGAUAUGAGGAAGAGGAGGCACCAAAUGAAAUCAGAGAAGAUGCAGAGGCACCCAAGGCCCAUCUCGUCAAGCCCAGUUCCUCUUCCUCUGGUUCCAGGAGCUCACGUUCAGGUUCCUCCUCAACCAGGUCGACAGCCAACAGUGCCUCUCGCAGUCAACGGACUUUGUCAACGGAAGCUACUCCCCAUCUAACUCCUCCCCAGUACAGCCAGAGGGAGACGGAAGGAAAAGAAAUUGAGCCAAAGAAAGUUGACUACACUAACCUGAUGAAAAUGGGUGCAACGCUGGUCAUGGUGCCUGCCCAAAGCCGAGCGUUCCAGACCGUGUGACUGCUCACCAGCCGUCUGGAGACUCCUGCUGUCCAGAAACACUUCACGUAACACCAGCCACAUAGGAAUUGUUAGAUUAGCUAGUUAUCUUCCUGGUCAGCUUAAUUUUAAUCACUUGUGAUUAUUCACACCACAAGAAGCCCUCCCACUCAACUCUUUCUUACAACUUCCAGCACUGAGGUUCUGAUACAGAAUUUUUUUUUUUUUUGAAGAAAGAUACA